AAGAAGAUGAGUCAAGGACCCACCCUUUUCUCCUGCGGAAUGAUGGAAAAUGGCAGAUGGAGAGACCUUGACAGGAAGUGCCCUCUUCAGCUGGACCAGCCGAGCCCUAGUAUCUGGGACUGCCUGCCCGAGAAGGGUCCGGACAGCUCCCUCUGGUCAAGGGAGGCGGCGGCUACCUGCUCGGUGACCAGCCUGAUCAAAGACCUCAGCCUUAGCGACCACAACGGCAACCCGUCCGCGCCGCCCAGCAAACGGCAGUGUCGCUCCCUGUCCUUUUCCGACGAGCUGUCCAGCUACCGGACAGCAUGGCGGCCGCUGGGGUCCAAGGUCUGGACGCCCGUGGAGAAGAGGCGCUGCUACAGCGGGGGCAGCGUGCAGCGCUACUCCGGCGGCUGCUACCCCAUGCAGAGGAGCUCCAGCUUCAGCCUCCCCUCCCGCGCCAACACGCUCUCCUCCUCGUCCUCCUCCUUCUCGGACCCGGCCGGCUCUCGUGGCAGAUGGGGCGGGCAGCCCUGCCUCGGGGUCCUGGGGUCAGCUGCCCAUGGGCAGGCUGGAGACGUGUGGCCCAGCGAUCCGGCUUCCAUCCAGCGGUCCCUCUCGUGCUCCCACGAGCGGUUCUCGCUUUCCGAAUAUUGCUCCCCCUCCGCCAGCAGCACCCCUGCCUCCACCCCAGAGCUGGCACGACGAUCGAGCGGCCUGUCCCGGAGCCGAUCCCAGCCUUGUGUCCUUAAUGACAAGAAAGUGGGAGUGAAGCGGCGGCGGCCCGAUGACCCUCAGGAGCUAAGGCCCUCCCUGGACCUUGCCAAGAUGACACAGGUAAGGCCUCUCUUAGCCCUGAGCGGGCAGCAGAGGGAGACCAGGGCCCCGAAGGGGAGGCUUUGUCUUGGGAGGGGCCAACGAUUGUCCAAGCAGUCCAGGCCUGGCCAGGAGCCUCCCUCACGGAAAGAGACUCCCCCAGGAGAAGUCCCCGUGGCGAACGACUGA